UUCGUGAUCAGAUUGCCGACGAAUAUGAUAAAAAUAAUCGAUCGUUCCGUCGGGAUUUAUAGAUCUCGCGAUCCAAUUAAGAAUUUUAAGAUUAAAAUUCAUUUAAAAAAGGUCGUGCCCUUAACAAUUUUAGCGGAAGAGACGAGAGAAGACGAUCGAGGAGUCGAGUUAUCACACUUGGAUAGGAAUAAUCAGUACGAAGAACAAUACACGUUUGAAUGGCAGGAAAAAGUGUUCAGCCGUCAAGAAAUCGAAUGGUAUAGCAAUAUAGAAAACUGUGUGAAUUUUGUAGAAAAGAAGUACCACGAAGAUGUACUUCGCCUUAAGGAGGAGACGGUGCCGAAAAGACGCCUCUACACUUAUGUCAAUGCCGAUGUGGUGUCGGGGAAGUUCGAUACGGAAGAUGCGGCCGACGGCGACGAUGCUCUCUCUCCUCUUCUGGAAAGAUCCUUUGCGGAUUUAAAACUGGGCCGCGGCGACGGGUUCGGAUCCAAUUCGGAUGCCGCCGGAAGGCCCCCGAACGGGACGACGAUUAGGCGGAGACAGAGAAUGUACUUAAUGGCCGAUCUUAAUCCUUUGGACGAAGAAGACUUAAGAAAAGAAAAUGAAGUUUUGUUGUGUGCCAUUAAUAUAGAUUCGAAUAAUGUUAUUACCGUUUCUCCGGAUUUCUGUAAACGUGGAGAAUUUUACGAAACUCAUAACGAUAAGCGAGAGGUCUUUCGUUAUUCCGUGGAACACGCUUCGCCGUUAAUUUCGGCGGAAGAGCGUCAGAGAGAAAAGGAUCUAAUGGCGAAGGUUUACGACAGACACACGGAGUUGGUUUCCGCCUGUCUGGACGGGGAUUUCAAAUUACCUCCACCGCAGACGUUCGGAGUGUUUUUGUUCGGCGAAAUCGUGUCGGCCAGAGACUUCGAAUUGGAUAACCUUUACGUUCAUUACUUUUUUGAACUUCCGGAAAAUUGGCAGAUGAGGGACGAAAGACAGAUAGCCGGCGUCACUCACACUUGCGCUACCACCACCGAAAGGAGAGAUGACGUGGCGUACUUUUCUUUUCCGUUUGAAGCAGAGUUUAUUUAUAAAGUAACAAAUGUUACGGGAAGAGAAAUGAUGCCAAAAUGGCCCCAGCUGUUUUUAGAGGUCGUGAGCUUCGACAGGUGGAAACGUUAUUGCGUCGAAGGUUACACGCACAUGGUUUUACCUUCGGAGCCGGGAUCGUACUCGAUGAACCUGGCGACGUGGAGGCCGAUCACUCAUGACAAUAUCGGUAAUUUAAGAAGGUUUUUUAUAGGAGGAAGCACCGAACUAGAAGAUAUAACGUACACGGGUGUUUUGACAAAAUCUGAAGAAAACCAAAUGAGCCAUCUUGGCUUCGAAACACAGUCUUCUGGGAGUGUUAACAUUAGGUUGAAUAUUGUACAUCAGUCGGAAAUAUUUGCAAUGGAACAUAGAGAAUUAAGAAAGAAAGGCGGUCUUUUAAACCACUUAGAUGCAACAUCUAUUAAAAGUAGCAUUUCUGUCGUUCUUUCGGCAUUUCAGAGAGCAAGAUCGAGAAUGUUGGCUGCCAGGUCCGGAUUAGAGAAGUUUAAUUGAUUUUUAUACAAAUUUUAGAUAUCCUGAUUAUUUAGAUCUCAAUUUCAUAGAAAAUAUUAAUAUUUUUAUGAAAGUUUACAUAAUUUCAAAUUUAAGCAAAUUAUUUUGAAAUUCUGUUACAAUAUAUACUGUAUAUUAUUUAUAAAUUAUACAAAUAAUUAAUUUUUGAAAGAAACAUUGUAGUCACUUGAACUUCAAUAAA